AUGAACACAAACACCGACGAGUCACCUCUACCCACACCCCCCUUCCACACCCUCCCAAACAUUCACAACCUACGCGAUGCCGCCCUCUCCGUCACAAUCUCCACCGGCGCCUCCCUCCGCCCCAACAUCCUCUUCCGCAGCGCCGACGUAUCAAAACUCGAUAUUGGCGAUUGGAAAGCCUUGAAUAAGCUCGGCGUAGCACACGUCUUUGACCUACGCUCCAAGCCCGAAAUUGACAAGACUCUCGUCGUCACCAGUACCGAGGACAAGACAUGGAUAGAAAAAAUGCAACAAGCAGGCGUAACCCGAACCUGGACUCCGAUAUUCUCUGAGCAUGACUAUUCGCCCGAAAAAAUCGCUGUGCGGUUCGCGAAAUACAUGGAGGAAGAUGUGCGUGGUUUCGUUGAAGCUUAUACGAGUAUAUUAAAUGAAGCCGGUCCUGCGUUUGGUGUUAUAUUCCGGUAUCUCGCCGACCUACCUGCUCCAGGCUCUACCGGGGAUAGCGAAGGGGAGAAAUUGGGUGCGCUGGUUCAUUGCACAGCUGGUAAAGACCGCACGGGACUGUUUUACGCGGUACUAUUUGCGUUUCUUGAUGUCCCUGCUGAGCAAAUCGCGGUAGAGUACAAUCUCACGGAGCUGGGAUUACGGUCGAUAAGGGAGGGGAAGGUUGAGCUGAUAAUGCAGAGUUUAGCGUUUCAAUCGUAUAUGAAGGCGCAGAUGGCGGCGGCGGGUGAUGCUGCAGACGGAGAAGAGUUUUCGCCAGAGGUUUUGGAGAUGGGGAGGCAGGCUGCGCUGCGGAUGUUUGGGGCAAGGAGGGAGAGUAUGAUGGGGACUUUGGAUGUUUUGAACAAAGAAUUUGGGGGCGCGAGGGAGUAUAUGAAGACGAGGUGUGGGUUAGAUGAUGGAGUUUUGGAGAGGUUGAGGAGGAAUUUGGUGGUGGGGGGUGGGAAGGGCAUAGGUGCGAAGGUGUAG